CGAUUUUCUCUCGCUGUUCUCCUCAGUCCCCUCCUCAACCCAGUCUUUCUCCUUCCGUACAUCUCAGAAUGACCCACCAGACACCUACCGCCAUUCUUAUCGUCCAUGGGGGCUAUUUUCUCCCGCCAGCCUGGGAUGAUUUCAGCGCUCGUCUGUCGGGGGCCGGGUUCACAGUGUCCUGCCCGCGCCUCCCGUCCUGCAAGGAUGCGCGUCCCCCCACCGCAAGCCUAACCGAGGACGUCGAGGCCGUUCGCCGCGCCACGCAAGACCUCCUCAAUGCCGGCCACACGAUUCUCGUCCUGGCUCACUCGUACGGCGGCGUGGUCGCAAGCGAGGCCAUCACCCGGGAUCUAUAUGCAAGCGAGAACACCAACACCAAUGGCAUAGUCAGCCUUAUUCUUCUAAGCGCCUGGCUCGUCCAACCGGGAGACUCGCUUCCCGGCGUGAUUGAGAAGUACGGGUUUCAAUGUGACGUGGAAUUGGGCAAUAAUGGUGAUGGAACCGUGUUUGCCACAAAUGCCCCGGCUUCCUUCUACAACGAUAUCGAACCUGCCAGGGCUGAGGACCUGGCCAAGGAUAAUGUCACUCAUAACUGGGCUGCGGCUUCGGGGGCAGUCACGGGGGCCCCCUGGAAAGACCUCCCGACCUUGUAUAUCCAUGCGACCCAGGAUCUGGCCAUUAAGCUUCCGCUGCAGAAGAGCAUGGUGCAAGAUGCGGUCAAUGCAGGGGGGAAGAUUGUCACAGAGACCGUUGAUUCCGGUCACUGUCCUUUCUUGAGUAAGCCGGAGGAGUUGUUUUGGAUUGUGCAGAAAGCGGCAAGUGAGUUGUGAGGUGAUUGGAUGGUGGAGGGAUUCUGAAAGGCUGUGAUCGGGAAAGAGGACUAGCUAGAAGAGAGAGGACGAACGAAGGAUUGAACUAGCGUCAUGUCAAGUCGAUACCAGGCGGCACCUUCCUACUGCCAAUCCAAGGAAAAGAAAGCGCUACUGCAUAUUACUAAUACUAGGCACCUACAUAGUACACUCCGCCAACGUGAUCAUGCAUCAUGCUUGACGGUCAACGAUCGAGUCAACAUGAUCCCCUCCGUCGGGACAAUGCCAUCUUGGCUAUCGCCAUCGAUGCUUCUUAGGGCUUCCGAAUACGUGUGACCGUACUUAGACCGACCGCUCGUUUUGGAAAAUCUGCUGCGCGAGACGCUAUAUAACGCGUUGAAGGGACUCGGCCCUGACCGUGGGCUGGUGGAUGUGGUGGACUGAAUGGACCGACGGACGAGGGGCCACAGUGGGGCGGCACUGGAUGCGAUCAGCACCACCCACAUCUCCGUCAUACCGUA